UUCAAAUACAAAUUCUCCCAACAUUUGCGCCUCCUCCCUCAAUCCAUAAUCAGCGAAAUUGUUGUGGUAGAAAUAUCAAAUAGACUAACUGAAAGUCGAAGGAUGGCUGGAAGAACGAUGCCAAUUUUAACAGGAUGAUAUGGACAUUAAGAGAAAUAAGGCCUACACUCUACAGCCGAUUAGUAUUACUGUCAUGAAGUCUUCAAACUCAACAAUGGAAAUAAACUUCUUUGAAAGGACUAGAAAGCUAGCAUUCACAAUGAGGAGCCUGUUAACCGUGAUACUCUUAUUUCUUGCCUCACCAACUUGCCUUGUGAAUGGUCAGGGAUCAUGCAACAGAGCAUGCUAUCCUCAAUUUGUAAAUCUGAUUGUAGACAAUCCCAGCAGAUCAGUCGCAACAGACUCGACAUGCGGAAGCCCCCCAGCCCAAUAUGAACUCCAUGUUGCCAGCAGUACAGGCGACACUUUCACGAUAGAGACCUGUGAUGCAUCUAACCCGGAUACAUCUUAUCCUAUCGAGGCUGCGUAUGAUUUCAAUUCAUUUACAAUACUCGGUAUGGUGUUCACCUCGCCUCAGUUUGACACGUGGUGGCAGUCGGAGAACGCAGCCUCUGACGUUCACCUGACCUUGAACCUCGGGGACGAGUUUCUGUUCCAACAGACGGUGAUCUCGUUUCGGAGUUACAGGCCGGCAAGUUUGAUCAUCGAGAAGUCGGUCGUUGGGGGUUCGAAUUGGAGUCCAUUGAGAUACUAUGCCAUCAACUGUGCCUCAACGUUCCCAAAUGUCCCUGUUUCCAGUGCGUUCAACUCUGAGGCGGACUGCACAGAGGAGUAUGUUUUUGGACACAGCAUGACAGAAGUAGAUGGAGAGGAUAUUCAAAGGUUGAUUUACAAUCCAGUCCAAGAGCUAGAACAGGCAUACUUUGAAUACGACAACCAGCGUUACUUUGCUCUCACUGGGCUGCGAAUCACGCUAGUUCAGCCUGGCAGGCAGGAUCCUCUCCGUAGCUUCUUUGCAGUAGCAGACUGGAAUGUACAGGGACAGUGCCUUUGCUACGGCCAUGCUGCCACGUGCGUAGGCUCGAAUGAAGCAGAAUGCGAGUGCCAACACAACACAGCAGGAACCCACUGUGAUUCAUGCCUUCCUCUUUACAACAACAAACUAUGGCAGGCAGCUGUAGGCUCCGAGACUAAUGCAUGUGAAGAUUGUGGUUGCAGUGGAAGAGCGGACGACUGCGUAUACGAUGAAGUCAAAGGUUACGGUGUCUGCCAGGACUGUCGGGAGAACACGUCUGGGGACAAGUGUGAGGUCUGCUUAGCAGACUACUAUCGCAAUCCUUACACCAACCUUGCCUUCAAUGAAACUUGUAUUGAUUUGGAAGCCCCUUACCCUUGUAUACAAUAUUGCUGGCCUUGCAAUUGCACUCUAGAGGGAGCUGUUCCAAACAGUGUCUGCAAUGAGACCAACGGUCAGUGUGCAUGCAAGACCAACGUCCAGGGACGGGCUUGUGAUGAAUGCAUUGAUACGUUCUACAAUCUGCAGGUCUCCAAUGACCAGGGCUGCCAGGAGUGCGACUGUGACUUUACCGGUACUGUUGGAAACAUUAAUCUCUGUAACAAGACGACAGGGGACUGCAUCUGUAAAGACAAUGCCAUGGGAACACGCUGUGACCAGUGUAAGGCUGGCACAUUCAAUCUCGACCCAGCCAAUCCCGAGGGCUGCACAUCAUGUGACUGUGACCCAGGAGCCGCAAUUAGUGGGUCAUGUGACCCAGAAACGGGGGCGUGUACCUGCAGGACAAACAUCAUAGGUCGCGUGUGUAAUGAGACUAUGACAGGGUUCUAUGUCCCUCGCUUGGACGGGAUUAGUAUAGAGGGUGAAACGGCCACUACUGAUCAGCCUUCCAGAAUCGAGGAGCGAUCUCUUGGCGAGGACGCCCGUCACACUGGGCCAGGAUAUUUGGUGGUGCCUGCAUCGACAGUGAUCACACUGAGUGGCCUGACUGUCCCUCGAACAGAGUAUUAUUUCCUUGCUGUGAGAUACGAGACCACAGCUAACUGGAGUGAUGUCACAAUAGAAGUCAACCAGCAGAACCUGAACCCAGCUACAUUUGUAUGUCAAGGGUCAUCCAACCCUAUUUCUGGGACCUCGUCUUACUCGGGCAGCCUUCCUGCAGCAGAUAAUGAAGGCGUUUAUAACAUCUCUGGGCUGUGCCUAGCUGGCAGCGUUCCCUAUGAUAUCAUCAUCACCCUAGGGGCACCUGACAUUGACCCCCAGGCAGAGUUUCUCCUAGACUUGGUUGCUCUCCUGCCUGAGUUAACUGGCUUGGAGGUCUACGUGUCCAACCUAACCAGCAGAACUCUUCAAGAAAGCAUGGAUGCCUGCUUGGAAGCAUCUCUAUUGGCCCAGGACCCAGCCAGAAUGAACUGCUCGGAGAUCGAAUUCGGCAUCAUGGCGGAGGUGUUUGAUGGAGCAAUAGCUUGUGAUUGCAGCCCUCUGGGGUCAGACACUGAUCCUAUCUGUGAAUCUUAUGGAGGUCAAUGCCCUUGCCUGUCUGGGGUCACGGCCAGGUCAUGUGACACCUGCGCACCAUUCUUCUAUGGUAUCGAAUCAGGGACAGGAUGCACAGACUGUGGCUGUAGUGUUGAGGGGUCAAUAACUCAGUCCUGCAACCAGACGUCUGGGAUCUGUGAAUGUAAACUCAACGUAGAGGGAAACAAAUGUGAUACUUGUGCCACAGAUCACUAUGGACUUGCUACAGGUAAUGGUUGUGUCCCGUGUGACUGCACACCCGAGUAUUCCUUAGGGACAUCAUGCACCGACGAUGGCCAGUGCACCUGCAAGACGGGAGUCGGAGGCCUCAGCUGUGACCAGUGUGCCCCAGGAUACUUCAACUUGACUACCAAUGGCUGUUCAGAGUGUGAUUGUAACACCAUAGGGAGUUUGGAUGGUAGCUGUGACAGCCAAGGCCAGUGCAACUGCCUCUCAUCAGCUACAGGGCUGCAAUGUGAUGAAUGCCCUCAAGGAACGUACGGUUUUGGCACCUACAGCGAGCAAGGUUGCAUCGCAUGUCUCUGCUCCUCUCAUACAACAAACUGCACAUCUGCAACAGGCUGGUUCGUCAAUCAGCUGGAGAGCCAGUAUUCGCUUCUCAACUUAGAGGGCGCUGUAUCAGAGAGGUGGACAGGAAUUCUGGGAGAUGGAGAAGAAGUGGAGAUUGUCAGCGAGCCUAUUCUGGAGAUCAGCGAUCCAAGAUUCGUCCUAGAACUGGUGGACCCUGGUAACACAACCGACCUCUUCUUCGUUGCUCCUGCUUCAUACCUCGGUGACCACCGCACUGCGUACGGACAGGUGCUGGAGUUUACGCUCAGCCAAAUGACAUCCGAAAACCAGACUGUGUCUACAGAGGGCGACGUUUAUAUAUUUGGAACGUGUGGUUUGUGCGAGCCUCUAGUUGCCAGCCUACCCUAUGUUCCUGGCUCCCCUGUUACUAAUGCAACUCUUUAUCAGUUCAAGCUGCAUGAGAACUACUGGAAUCUGGGCAGCGUAGGCGGGGCUAGACCCACAAUGCAACAGGUGGUGAGGAUUCUUGCGGACAUUGCUGGGAUCAGGAUUAGGGCCAAGUACACUACAAUUACAGGACAGUCAGUCUAUUUUCAUGAUGCAUCUUUGACUGAAGCAAGCAACAAUCUCACAUUGUCUUCAAGUGAUCUCCCUGUUGACUAUGUAGAGGACUGCUUCUGUCCACCGGAAUACACAGGUCAGUUUUGCGAGCAGUGUGCAGCAGGGUACCGCAGGGCCGCCCCUGGCAACGGCUCCUUCUCCACCUGUGUUCCCUGUGAUUGCAACAGUCACAGCGACCUGCCCUGCGACCCCGAGACCGGCAUGUGCAGCGGUUGCCAGGACAACACAGGAGGGGCUUUCUGCCAGCGCUGUUUAGACGGUUAUUAUGGCGACGCCCUUGGAGGCACACCAGAUGACUGCAUUCCGUGCAGAUGCCCUGGAGUGCCUGGUUCCAACUCGUUCGCUGCUACCUGUGACAGUACCGGCCUGUGCAUAGACUGUGCGGAGGGACACAGUGGGGACUCCUGCGAAUACUGUCUUGAAGGGUACUAUGGGGUGCCUUCAGAUCCUGAGAAUAACGGAGGUCGUUGUCAGCCUUGCUUCUGCAAUCUGAGCCCAGCAGUAUGCGACAGCACGACCGGACAGUGUGAAAACUGCACAGGGAAUACAGAUGGACUGGAGUGCGAGGUUUGCCAAUUCGGCUACUGGGGAGACAUCAAUAGUUGCCAAGAAUGCACCUGUAACCAGACAGGAGGGUACGGAAACUGCACCCAAGACACCGGUGUCUGCUACUGCUACCCCAACGUAGUGGGGAACGAGUGCACGGAGUGUGCCCCUGACACCUGGGGCUUCGACAGUGGGCUGGGCUGUACGGAGUGUGACUGUCAUCCUGUUGGAUCUGUUGAUCAGCAGACCCAGUGUGAUUUGGUCACUGGCCAGUGUAACUGCAAAGCGUUGGUUACGGGCCAGAAAUGUGAUGGUUGCAUGAUGGGAUACUAUGACGUGGAUCAGGAAUGUAUCGCAUGCAACUGCGAUCUCAAUGGCACACACCCAACGACAUGCUCCAGUGAUCUCUGUAGCUGUGAUCUUGUUACCGGACAGUGUGACUGCAAAUUGGCAACAAUCGGUGGCCAGACAUGUGACCGUUGUGGUCGACUGGAUCGAGGCACAGUUCAAGUUGUACAGGAAAUUUUUGUUGGUAAUUUUCCAAACUGCGAGCCAUGCCCAGAGUGCUUCCAAAAUUGGAGGGAGGAACUUGAGAUUUUGGGAGAGAUGUUGGGAGAAGAAAGGCGACGUUUACUCGGGCUUCUUGGUAACUAUGGUAACAUGACGGAGGAUGACGUUGGGAUGCUGAUCAGUGCCAUACAGAGUAAUCUCACUUUGGCUGAACAGGUUAUUGAGCAGGGCACUCAGCAAACACAGGAUCUUGUGAACAUCCAAAACUCCUUUUUGGCGAUAUCAGAGUCUAUUGAAAACAAGACGGUCCUCUUAGAUUCUGUAUCAGCUCUAGAGGGUAACAUCACGUCGCUCCUGUCUGAGUCUUCUGGCUUUGACGGUACGGUUGAGGUGGAGACCGAUGUGAGAAGAGAUUCAGAGAGACUUAACCAAGAGUUGUCGGCUGUAACUAACACGAUAGAUAACAUUGUUACUGAAGCGGAAGGGAACUGGGAGUCAGUGCAGACCCUCUACCAAACAGUCCUGGACUUCCAGGCCCAGGCUCAGCAGCUGAUAGUGGAAGUCGGCUCCCUAGCAGUUGAUGUGGAGGGCGCAUCGCAGCAACGGAUCACGGUUGAAGACAUUUUGGCCGAGCCUACCCGGGCAGCUGAGAUGGAGGUGAAUGCCCAGCGACUGGGUCUGAUAGACUCCACGCAGGCUGGUUAUCCACUGGAGGUGGCUGCCCAGAAUGCUUCAGCUGCACAGAGACUGGUGCAGCAGGCUAACCAGACAGCGAGAAGUGCCUAUCAGCAAGCGGUGAGCGAGAGGACGUUGUCUGAAGAGAGGGCAUACAGGAGUGAGGUGGCACGCUUCAAUGCUACAGGUGCAACAGCGGCAGCGGCUAAUGCAAUCUCAGCAGCAGCAAAUUACAAGGAUAUAGCGCUGGAGACCAAAGCAAACAUCACCCAAGCCUACUUGGACACCCUCGACCAGCUCUCUCAACUGAAUGCUGCCCAAGUCAACAGCCAAGAGGCAAACACAGCGUCCCAGGCAACACUCAACAUGGCCGUCAGGGCAUCAAGCGACAUGCAGGAUCUGGUGAGGCAGAUCAACGCGACAGGCCUGUCCGAUGAUGCCGUGCUGCCGCUGCUACAGAACUCCACUGCAACCUUGGAGGAAGCAACAGGCAGCUUGGAGAAGGCUAGACUAUCCUUACAAGAUGCACUUUCUGUGAGAUCCCAGAUUGACAACGCAGAGUUUGACUUAUUAGAAGCAGAAAGGGUUCGAGAGGUUACAGGUCAAAGGGUCGCUGACACACAGAGUAAGGUCUCCAACAUCAGUCAGAUAGCCUCAGAGGUCCAGACUCAGUCCGAGACAAAGUCCAGUGAUGCUCAGGCUACCUCUGCCCUCGUACGAGACUUAUCAAUAGAGGCUGUAGAUGGUCAGGAGUGCUUCAGCGCUAAAAGGGCCCAAGUGCAGGAUGCAGGUCGUAGAAUCGACAGUGCAAAACAAGAUGUAGAAGCUACACAACAGGAGCUGAAUCUUGUUCUUUCUAGUGUGGAAGAAUCGGCAACGGGGAUAACUGAUUCUGAGGAUGAAGCCAUCGUUAAUCAAAACCUUGUAAAAGAAGUUGAUAUGAUUACGGAAACCUUAGAAAGAGCCCUAAUCAGCAUUGAAGACAUGGCCAAUUUAGACGAUUUAAUUGUAGAGUACACCGGCCAGAGACAGGAGAUGGAACGACUGUCUGCAGACAUGGAUAGAAUGGAGGCAAGUCUGGAUGCGAUCCUAGGAAACCUCCAGGGAGUCAGUACUGCUGACAUUCAAUGCAAUGAUUAAUAUGGAGACCACAAGCCACACACAUACCCUGCUGAGGAGGGGGUGUGGGUGGGGAAAGAGGGUGUGGGUGAAAUUCAAAGCAAUGAUUGAUAUGGAGACCACAAGCCACACACAUACACUUCCGAGGAGGGAGGGGGAGGGGGGGGGGGUAGGAAUGGUAGUACUUUCAUCCAUGUAUCCUGUUUAUAUAACCUUGCUACAGUGAUUUUAUUACCAAACACCCAACUGAUAGAAGAUUAAUGAGGAUAGUGGGAAGGGGAAUAGCAAGGGAAGAGGAGAGAGGGAAGGAGGAAGGGAGGAGUGAUUUUCUAAAAAGCAAUACAAUUUGCCUGAACUUCAUUGCAUGCAGGACUGGCUAGAUGCAUGUGCAUGUACCAAUCUGUGUGUGAAGCCCGCUCAAGGGAGACAAGAAAAGUGGUCUUCAUGUCUAGGUUCCUUAAGUGUAGGUUUCAUUAGGAAAGCAUUUUAAAGUGAAACAACAGAUGUCUUUAUAGACGGGUGGGUCUGUUUCUAAAGCAAGUUACACUGUAUAUAUAUUCUUCCCCUGUUCAUCCUUGAUCACCUCUGAUACAUGACUGUGAAUGUGUGAGAAGUAUCUCCAUCAAAGGUGUCUUUGGGGUUGUGUGAAAUGCACCCUGAGGCCCAAGCAAAGUGUGCUGUUUAAUCAAGAGUGGUACACUUUCUUCGCCUGCAAACCGUUUCUCUCCAUUUAAGAUUGAAUAACCUACGGACAGGAAUCCCAGAUUAUUUUUAAGCAUGGUUUACCAAAAUAAUGUUGAAUCUUUCCAUGUGCAAUUUUGUAUCAUUUCCUUUUUCCCAGCGGAUAGGACUGUUCUGAAAUCAAAUGUUGCAAAUGAAAUGCUAGGCUCAAACAUUUUUUGCAAAUAUAUGGUGGAUACAUGGAGUAGUCUCUAAUCUGUGUCUUACUACUGUUUUAUGUAGUGUGUUUUAAGUAGCAUAUGUGACAAUUGUUACGAGUACUAUGAUCCUUAUAAGUAGCUUGUUCCUUUUAAAUUGUACCAAUAACCAAUAAAUAUUUUGUUAUGUAUGUUAGAUGUUCAAUGUGGCUAUACUUUAAUCAACAUAGGGCUUCAAAUAUUACUUUUAUAAAGAGAGACAGCUAGUUUAAUUGCAUAUACACUCUCAACUAACAGCAAACAAGUGACAUGGGAAUAUACUACUUGACACAGCCGUACAAAAUCACACAAAAUAGUGCUUUUAUGGGAAUCCAAAGUCAGACUUUGUUUCUAUGUGGGUUUUAUAUUAUUCCUUAUUUUCUUCAAAUUCCGUCAUCACCCGAAAUAGGGUCAGCAUGGUACCCAAAGUCUGACUUUGGUUCUUUGGGCCAGGUUUUUAUUUUAUUCCUUAUCUUUUUUCAUACUCCUGUUUUUGUUGGCCAACAAACUGCUGGGUAGAGUUAUUUUUUCAGGUUAUUUGUAAACAUUCUAGCUGUACACAAAUGAUUUUUGAAGUAAUUGACAUUUCAGGUAGCCUCCCUUGUUUUGCUCUCUACUUUCCACAAAUCGAUUGUUUUGUGUCUGAUGAGCACAUUCCUUCCAAGAAGGAAUGACAUGUAAACACUUCAAGUAUCAAAUUUGAUAAGGUGUUUCUGUAAUAAUGUUCAAGUGUGAUAAUAAUUAAUCUCCAACCUUGAUCAAGUUUGGUUAAAGUGUUAUGACUGAUGAGGGAUUGUUUGCACAUCUUCUGCUUUUUCAUACUGUUUUUGUGUCUAUUGUAUCUUGAGAAAAUGUAGUUGUUAAUACACCCAUCUUUAUUCUCUUGCUUUUCCAUCUUUCAAGAAAUAUUUUGAUGAAUAUAUUGUUUGUUUAAUUAUGUGUGUGUGGUAGAGUGCCCUUUUCCUCCUUCCCUUCACUCUCUCUCU